AUGAAGGUCAUCGAGGAAGAGAAGGAGAUGAAGGAACAGGAGCUGAAGGAGCAGGAAGAGCUGAAGAGAAUGGAACUGGAAGAAGAACAGCGUCAGAUCGAGGAGAAGAAGCAACUGAUAGAGGAAGAACGAUGUCUCCGUCAGCGAAAGCUGGACGAACAACGGGCGUUGCUGGCGAAACAGCAAUUGAUUCGGAGGGAAUCGGUCGAGAAGAAGAAUGAGCUUAUCAAGCGGAUGUCGGAGGCCGGAAGCGGAUGCGGCAGCAGUACGAGCUCACUUCCAGAUUCACGAGAGAAGGUGAAAAGUUGGCUAGCAGGUCAACAUACCGAUGGAAGAUCUUUGGGAAAGAUGGUGGAGGAACAAAAAGCAAAUAGAGGCCUUCACCCGACAGUUUCUCAAGACCCGUUGGCAUACCAGCUACCAACAUCGCAAUCCAGGGUUGCACAAAUCACCUCGCAAAUGGCUCGUGGUAUGCAGGUGGGAAGCUUGUCCCAAACGCUACAGCAAGCUCGGUCAGAAAUUGUCGUGCAACCGUUCCAACGAUACGUAGCGAACUCCCAGCCUCACAUACAACCGAUGCUGCGUACUAAUCAGGCUGUGCACCGCCAUCUUUCCGCGCAGCAGCAGCUGUGUUAUCCAUACGUACAGCAGCAACUACGCCAUCCGCACCCGAGCAGAAGAGAAUAA